GCCCGGGGGGGCGAGCGGGGAGCGGGCGCUCUGCGCAUGCGCGGCGCCGGGCGGGCUCGGGACCAUGGGCAGGAGGCGAGAGGGGCUGAGCGUGGCCCGGGAGAUUGAUGGACUGGAGGAGAAGCUGGCGCUUUGCAGACAGAGCAUGGAGGAGGUGGAUCUCAAACUGCGCAGGGAGAAGCUCAGCCCUGAAGGAAGAAAGUCACUGGAGAGAGAGAGAAACCUACUAAUGACCAAAGCUGACAACUAUGAGAAGGAACUGAGCGUGCUUCGGAAGGAAAAUCGCAAGAAUGCUGCCCUUGCUGUGGCCAUGGCGUUGCUGCUCGCUCUCAUCUAUGCCUGCUGGACUAUGUGAUUGCACUCGAGAAUUCUCCCUGCUGACCAGAUGGCUCUCCUGUAAGGAACUCUUCCUCCUCUCACCGCUGCACCUCCCGAAGGGUGAGGAUCAGCAUUUCAGGGUGCUGUUCUCAUCUGUCCUCUCCAAACCUCAUUGUAGGGAAGCUUUUUCUCUGAGAACUGAGAGGUUCAGCAGGCAAAGCAGACACCACAGCACACUCACGCUGGGAAAGCGGGUCGAGCAUAACUCCAGGUGGGGCCGUCUUACCCAACAUCCAGUCAAGACCUGAUGCAGGAAGGCAGUACGCUCUUUUUGAAGAGGACCUUGCUGGUUGCAGACAGAACUGAGCCAAACAAAGAUGUUUCCUCUUCCACACUAAUUUCCAGGACCAGGAGAACCCUACCUCCAUAAAAACAGAUGGGAAGUAGGUAUCUCUUCUGCAAGCACAUAGCAGCCAACUUGAGAUCUUGCUGCUUGGGCUUUGAAAAGAUCUACCUACCUCUCCUGUGCAUCAGAGCUUGGUAACCGUUUUGUGCCUCUAAGAAUCAACACCUGCAGAAGAGAUUUUACUACCAACUCCCAGGCAUGGAAGUGCCUGUGGAGGGCUUUAAAUAAAGUAAGUUAACAGUGUA